ACCAGCCUAAUGUCAUAUCAGGGACGUGUGGAUUGAACCCAGAGACUCAGUAAACAGCACAUUUCUUGACGUUUUGCAAUAAAAUAAACUGAAGAACUGAGAACUGGGACGUCUCUUGCUCAUCCUUUCCCCAUCAAACGAUCGGCGCAGAGAAAUAGUUCCCUUUGUGUCAGCUCAGUUGCCGCAGCAGCACCAGUGUGAGGACUGCGCUCGCAUGAAGCGUCGCUGCGUUCCUCUGAGAGCCGACCACGACCUGCUGACCCCCGACACACACACACUGUCGGGGGUCAGGCUGCAUCCUGUCGUCGUGGUGAGGUCAGAAGGCGGGGUCUCUUCAUCAGGACACCUGUUGUUCAGCAGCGAUUCAGCUGUCAGUUCAUCGAGGCGUCAUUCGGCGGCCUCUCCGACUCGCCGCCUGCGAUUCGAGGAUGAAACGGAGACGGAGGCGGAGUCCCGUUACCUGGAGCGACAGCGGCAGAGGAGACGAGGAGGGCAGAGAGGGACAGGUGUCCUCGUCUCUAAACCGGACCUGAACCUGUACGUCAACGGCAGGGCAGGGGCGGGGCCUCAGGGGGCGGGGCAUGUUGCUGACAGACAGCAGAGAGGACGGGAUGCCGGGGGGGCGGGUCAGUGUGACUCCUGUCACUCCAGCCUACCUGAAGACAGGGGGCGGAGUCUUUGCAGGCCCCGCAUCAGCCUGCGGACUGAGCCAAUCAGAGAGACCUACAUCGGGUCUGUCACACCUGCUGAGACAAAAAGGGGAGGGGGCGGGGCUGGGCGUGUCCCAAACAACCAGGUGAGGACGACGACCAAUCAGGUGAAACUUAAUGGAAACAGGACGACCAGCCCCCAGGCCACGCCCACCAUAGACAUGCCAAUCAACCCCUACGCCCCUGACCCGCAGGCCCCGCCCACCUCCAAAUGUCCCUCCCCCCUGUCUCCUCCUUCUGUAACAUCAUCGAUGAUGUCACAAAGCACCAGGUUGGGCGGUACACAGGCGGAGCAGAACGUGCAGCAGGAGGCGCCGUCUGCAGGAACUCUGGAUGUCAGGAGGAAGAACUCGUCUUCAGGGAGGAGCUCAGAGACGCCAGCGGAGAACCAAGCCCCACCCACCUCAGGGAGCAGCAGCCAUGGAAACAAACCAAUGAAAGCAGAUGACACUUCACUUCCUGCAAGCCUCAUCAGCAGAAACGAGCCCUCUCGUCUUUCACUACGUCGUCUUUUCUCCACCGUCAGACUGGGCAGGACUCGAGCUGGUAGCCUUGACCGCCUCAGUUCAAGGCUCCCCUCGUCAAUGUUUGACACCCCCCCAACUGAUCCUGGUCCCAGGAAGUCCUUGGGCUUACUGAAGAAAACACCGUCUGCUCAGUCACUCAGUGUGGGGCCGUCGUCCACUCAGAGUUUUGCGUCGGAGCAGAAGAAGAAGAAGGAUCGCUCUGCUGACUACAGACCGGCUGCUGACCAGUUCAUGCAGCGGUGUUUCAGCAUCGAGGACGUUGGUCGUCCCUCUUCAGUCCGUUCUGUCGGUCGUGUUCUUGAGGUUUGUUCUGAUGGAACAUUUCUGUUGGAAAUCAGCCGACCGAAGAGCCGAAUGUACGGAUUCAUUAUCAGCAGAGGGAAAGGACGACCUGACUCUGGUGUGUACGUGGAGGACAUGGUGGACAGCAGUACGGAGAAGUUGUACGCUGGUCUGCUGGCAGUUGGAGAUGAGAUCCUGGAGGUGAACGGGGAGAAGGUGGCCUGUCUCAGUCUGGACCAGGUGACUCACUCACUGACCCAGAACGCCUCCGCCACGGUCCGGGUGCUCCGAAACUGGCGAAGGUCUCCGUGGUGACCACACUGAUCACCUGAACCGGCCAAAUCUAAACUCUUAUCUCAACUCAGUGAAGCUACCUGAAAGAUGAACUUCAUGAGGUUCUGAUCCAAUCAGAGCUGAGCUCUCGUACAGAACCGCCUGCCUCCGACCCACUGAGCCUCAUUACUGCUAUAUUUAUUUUUAAAUUAAACAUAUUAUAAGAAACACAUUAAUUGAAUAGAGUACAUAAAUAUCGUUAUAGUCAGAUCUAGGUUAGGGUUCAGUAUAGGGUUCAGGUUCAAAGUUUAGGGUUCAGCUUCAGGGUAUAGGGUUCAGAUUCAGAGUACAAGGUUCAGGUUAAAAGUUUAGGGUUCAGCUUCAGGGUAUAGGG